CCAACAGCAGCUGGCCCAACUCCACCGCAAGUGAGAGCCACCUCCUGAGGGAGAACUACACCUUCUCGGCGUACUACCAGCAUUCCUCCCCUGUGGCCGCCAUGUUCAUCCUGGCCUACACCUUCAUCUUCCUCAUGUGCAUGAUCGGCAACAUCCUGGUGUGCUUCAUCGUGGUGAAGAACCGCCAGAUGCGGACGGUGACCAACAUGUUCAUCCUCAACUUGGCCAUCAGCGACCUGCUGGUGGGCAUCUUCUGCAUGCCCACUACCUUGGUGGACAACCUCAUCACGGGUUGGCCCUUUGACAACGCCAUGUGCAAAAUGAGCGGCUUGGUGCAGGGCAUGUCCGUCUCCGCCUCAGUUUUCACGUUGGUGGCCAUCGCCGUGGAGAGGUUUCGCUGCAUCGUCCACCCCUUCCGGCAGAAGCUGACGCUGAGGAAAGCCCUGGUGACCAUCGCCAUCAUCUGGGUGCUGGCCCUGCUCAUCAUGUGCCCCGCCGCCAUCACCCUGACCGUCACCAGGGAGGAGCACCACUUCAUGGUGGACACCUACAACAACUCCUACCCCCUCUACUCCUGUUGGGAGGCCUGGCCCGAGACAGGGAUGAGGAGGAUCUACACCACCGUCCUCUUCUCCCACAUCUACGUGGACCCCCUCGCCCUCAUCGUCGUCAUGUACGCCCGCCUCGCCUCCCGCAUCGCCUUCAAGCUCUUCAAGUCAACGGCGCCUGCCCGCGGCCAAGAGGAGCCGGAGGGGAGGAGGGUCUCCCGGAGGAAGGCCAAGGUCAUCAACAUGCUCAUCAUCGUCGCCCUCUUCUUCACCCUCUCCUGGCUGCCCCUCUGGACGUUGAUGCUGCUGACGGACUACGGGCGGCUGAGCGAGGGCCAGCUCCGCCUGGUCACCGUCUACGUCUUCCCCUUCGCCCACUGGUUGGCCUUC